AGUCACGUGAUCAGAUCGAGUAAUCAAGCUUGCCGGUCCGCCAUCUUGAUAUACGUUCCCAUUUAACAUUUGUACAUUUUAACUUAUCAAUUUUUAUCGCGGUAUACCUCUAAGAACAUGGAAACGGAACAAAAAUUAGACAUGAGUUUAGAUGAAAUCAUCAAGCUAAAAGGAAAGCCAAAAGGAAAAGGCCGUGGAGGAAAAGUUAAUAGGGGACAAAAUUCUUUUCGUAGAGGAACUGGACGAAGCCCAAGAGGCAGAGGUAUUCAGAAACGCCAAGCCGCCUUCAACAAACAGAGAGAUUUGCCGGACGUUUGGGAACAUGAUAUGUUUGAUGGUAAUCAGGUUAAAGGAAAGGCGGCGUUUUCACUUGGACAAGGCUCUAAUGGGAAGAUUCUGGUGUCGAACUUGGACUAUGGCGUUAACGACUCUGAUAUUCAGGAAUUAUUCGCUGAAUUUGGACCCUUGAAGAAGGCAGCAGUACAUUACGACCGAUCGGGUCGUUCUCUAGGAACAGCAGAAGUAAUCUUCGAGAGAUAUGGGGAUGCUGUAAGAGGGAUGAAGCAGUAUAAUAACGUUCCACUUGAUGGGAGGCCAAUGAAUAUUCAAUUAAUUGGAGCGACAGAAGGUACAGGAGGAGGAAAAUUGGGAGGACGACUUGGAGGGAGAGCCGCACGCGGAGCGCCAAGUACACGAAGAGGUAAUACAGGCAGAGGAGGUGGACGUCGAGGACGUGGUGGCACAAGAAAUGUUCCAACAGCAGCUGAACUGGACGCCGAACUGGAUGCUUACAACUCAAAAGUAAUUCUUUGA